CGGUCUUUGACAGUGACAGCCGUCCCUUAAACCCCCUCAGGACCCCCUGGAUUGUCCUCACAGCUGUACUUUUUUAUAAUUAUUUUUCAUUAAAGAUGCGAUGAAGCGGGAAGUAAACGACAGCCUGGAGGAGUCAAUGAUUGCUGUGCAAUAGGCAACUGGGCUGCAAACUCACAGACGGCUCAUCGGCUUUGGAGGAACUGUUGCACAAACCCCCCGCUGCGAUGUCCCUGCUGUGUGUCAGAGUGAAGAAAGCCAAACUCCACGGGCCUCCAGACAAGUUCAACGCCUACGUAACUUUAAAGGUGCAGAAUGUGAAGAGCACCACCAUCACAGUCCGAGGGGACCAGCCAUGUUGGGAACAAGACUUCAUGUUUGAGAUCAAUCAUCUGGAGUCAGGUCUGGUAGUGGAGCUGUGGAAUAAAGGUUUGAUCUGGGACACUAUGAUCGGCACAGCACUGAUAUCACUAGACACCAUUGGACAGUCUAACGAGGAGGGACCAGGAAAGUGGGCGUCGCUUGACUCCGAGGUGUUAAUGAGGGAGGAUGAGAUCUGUGGUACCUCCAACCCAACUCCACACCAAGUGCUGCUGGACACCCGCUUUGAGCUGCCCUUUGAUAUUCCUGAAGACGAGGCUCAGUACUGGACUGGUAAACUGGACCGGAUUAACACCAUGCGGAUACAUGACGAGUAUCCACUGCAGGAAGAGGUCCAGAGAGGACGAAUGGCAUCUGUGCCCUCUCAGUGCUGCAGUUGGAGUUAUUUCGGAUGGAAUGAUCAGCAGACUCUCGAUGACCACGACAGCGCAGUGGAUGACCGCGAUAGUGACUACCGCAGUGAAACUGGCAACAGACCUCCACGGUUCCACAACACCUCCCAGACAAAUUCAUCAGUACAUCAGUACCCCAUAGGACGCAGGGUCCAACAUCAAACCCCGUCCAGUGAGGCUGACUCCAUACAAAGCUACGAGCUAGACUAUAGAGAAAUAAGGGGGCCCAGUCCGCCGGACAGCAGUCGCUUUGAUUCAUCUGGCAACCUCAGCCCGGCCAGCUCCCAGCUCAGCUCUGAGCCUGAGGAGCGGCGAGAUCCAGAGACCCGCCGCCCCAGCACCCUGCGUCCCGCUCUCAAUAGCCAGAAGUCUACCUGGGAUGAGGAAGAAGAGGAGGAAGGGGUUGAGAAAGAGCUGAAUCCACUACCAGAGCCUGGUUCAAACAAAAGUUUGAAAGACUCUUUGGUCAUCUUGCCCAAACCAAUGUUGGAGAACUUCGAUAACAAGACUCAGACCAAAAUCUGUUUCUUCGAGGAUGGCCCUCCACCAUGCUCUCCAUCCAAAGUGCGCUGGUUGAAAGCAUACAACAAAGUGAGAGUGCAGCUCCUUGAGAUCCGAGAUCAAGAUGGUGACCCCAGCAAGCAGCCAUGGGCCAAGCCAGGGGGAAACACACCGUUUGGCAUUGACAGCAUGCCAGACCUCCGCAAGAGGAGACCCAUUCCUCUUGUCAGUGAAUUGGCUAUGUCUAUGAUACAGUCCAGGAAAGCUGGACUCGCCCACACACUGGCCACACGGACCUCGCUGAAAGACGAAGAGCUUAAAAACCAUGUGUUCAAGAAGACCCUGCAGUCUCUGAUCUACCCCAUCUCCUGCACCACGCCGCACAAUUUCGAGGUCUGGACCGCCACUACGCCCACCUACUGCUACGAGUGUGAGGGUCUGCUGUGGGGCAUCGCCCGGCAGGGUAUGCGCUGUGCGGAGUGCGGCGUCAAAGUGCACGAGAAAUGCCAAGAGCUGCUGAACGCCGACUGCCUGCAGAGAGCGGCCGAGAAGAGCUCCAAGACCGGGGCGGAGGACCGGACGCAGCACAUCAUCAUGGCCAUGAAGGACAGGAUGAAGAUCCGCGAGAGGAACAAGCCGGAGAUCUUCGAGGAGAUCCGGAAGGUGUUCAACAUCACCAAGAUGGUCCACGGUCAGCACAUGAAGACCAUCAAGCAGAGCGUCCUGGACGGCACCUCCAAGUGGUCGGCCAAGAUCACUAUCAACGUCGUCAGUGCGCAGGGUCUCCAGGCCAAGGACAGAACGGGCUCCAGCGACCCGUACGUCACCAUCCAAGUUGGGAAGACCAAGAAGAGAACAAAGACCAUCUACGGAAACCUGAACCCAGUCUGGGAGGAAAAGUUCAGCUUUGAGUGCCACAACUCCUCGGAUCGCGUCAAGCUGCGAGUUUGGGACGAAGACGACGACAUCAAGUCGCGAGUGAAGCAGCGUCUGAAGAGGGAGUCCGACGACUUCCUGGGUCAGAGCAUCAUCGAGGUCCGAACUCUGAGCGGAGAGAUGGACGUCUGGUACAACCUGGAAAAGAGAACAGACAAGUCGGCGGUGUCUGGUGCCAUUCGUCUUCAGAUCAGCGUGGAGAUCGAGGGAGAGGAGAAGGUGGCACCCUACCACGUACAGUACACCUGCCUUCAUGAGAACAUGUUCCACUUCUCAACGGACGUAGAGGGAGGUGGCGUGGUGAAGAUCCCAGCGGCUCAGGGAGACGACGCGUGGAAGGUUUACUAUGACGAGGUGAAGCAGGACAUCGUGGACGAGUUCGCCAUGCGCUACGGCAUCGAGUCCAUCUACCAGGCCAUGACCCAUUUCUCUUGCCUGUCCUCUAAGUACAUGCUGUCAGGGGUGCCGGCAGUGAUGAGCACCCUGCUGGCCAACAUCAAUGCCUUCUAUGCCCACCCGACCGCCUCCACCAACGUCUCCGCUCCGGCCAGAUUUGCAGCCUCCAACUUCGGGAGAGAUCGUUUUGUGAAGCUGCUCGAUCAGCUGCACAACUCCCUGCGUAUCGACCUCUCCAUGUACAGAAACAACUUCCCGGCCAGCAGCAAGCCUCGCCUCCAUGACCUCAAGUCAACGGUGGAUCUUCUCACCAGCAUCACCUUCUUCAGGAUGAAGGUCUUGGAGCUGCAGAGUCCUCCCAGGGCCGCCAACGUGGUGCGGGACUGCGUCAAGGCCUGCCUGAACUCCACCUACGAGUACAUCUUCAACAACUGUCUGGAGCUCUUCAACCGCCAGUUCCAGCCCGCCGAGGAAAAGAAAGAGGAGAACCAGCAGGAGGAGCAGGGCCCGAGCAUCCAGAAUCUGGACUUUUGGCCGAAACUCAUCACGCUCAUCGUCUCCAUCAUCGAGGAGGACAAGAACUCCUACACACCCAUCAUUAACCAGUUUCCUCAGGAACUCGAUGUGGGUAAAGUCAGCACAGAGGUCAUGUGGAGGCUGUUCGCUCAGGACAUGAAGUACGCUCUGGAAGAACAUGAGAAGCAUAAACUCUGUAAGACUGCCGACUACAUGAACCUGCACUUCAAGGUCAAGUGGCUUUACAACGAGUAUGUUAAGGACCUGCCCGCCUUCACAGACACUGUGCCUGAGUACCCUGCGUGGUUCCUCCUGUUUGUUCUGGCCUGGCUGGCUGAGAACGAGGAGGUGUCGAUGGAGUUCAUGCACGGAGCGCUGGAGAGAGACAAGAGAGAAGGGUUCCAGCAGACGUCCGAGCAUGCUCUGUUCUCCAGCUCGGUGGUGGACAUCUUCACUCAGCUCAACCAGAGCUUCGAGAUCAUCAAGAAGCUGGACUGCCCCGACCCCGCUGUGGUGGCCCACUACAACCGGCGCUUCGCCAAGACGAUCACCAAAGUGCUGCUGCAGUACUGUGCACUGCUGGCCAAGGGCUUUCCCUCCUACUGUGAGAAGGAGAAGAUACCCUGUGUGCUGAUGAACAACAUCCAGCAGAUGAGGGUCCUGUUGGAGAAGAUGUUCGAGUCGAUGGGAGCAAAACAGCUGGAUAUAGAGGCAGCUGACAUCCUCAAUGAGCUGCAGGUGAAGCUCAACACCUUCCUGGACAACUUCAGCAUCGUGUUUGCCAAGAGUUUCCAGACUCGUAUUAACUCCUGCAUGCGUCAGAUGGCUGAGAUCCUCUACCAGAUCAAAGGUCCACCCAACCACAACACUGCAGAGGCAGACGCUGACAACAUGCUGAGGCCCCUCAUGGAGUUCCUGGAUGGGAAUCUCAGUAUCUUUGCUGACAUCUGUGAGAAGACGGUGCUGAAGAGGAUCCUGAAGGAUCUGUGGAAGAUCGUCCUGAGCAGCCUGGAGAAGACCCUCGUCCUGCCUCAGAGCAACGACAGCCUGGGGGCCCAGCUCCUCACAGCAGCUAAAGGACUGUCCAGUCUCAAGGUAAUACACAGGCAGGGAGGCGGUGAAGCCAAAACAUUGACGCCCAAACAGUGUAUAAUCAUCGAUGCCGGGCUGGAGACGAUCAAGCAAUACUUCCACGCUGGAGGAAACGGGCUGAAGAAGGCGUUUGUGGAGAAAAGUCCUGAACUGGCUUCACUGCGUUACGCCCUCUCCCUCUACUCGCAGAGCACCGACGCUCUCAUCAAGACCUUUGUCACCACUCAACACACCCAAGUGCAUGAUGGGAUGGGCAUCAGAAUCACUGGCAAUGAGAAGAUUCGACCUGAUAGGGGCUCGGGGAUAGAGAAGCCCAUCGGAGAGGCCAUUCUGCAGAUCGACAUGAUGCUCGGGAAGGAACGCAAAGUCAGCGUCAGAGUCAUCGCAGUGAACGACAUGAAGUGGCAGACAUCAGGGAUGUUCCGGCCUUUCGUCGACGUCUCCAUGGUUGGUCCGUUCCUGGCCGACAAGAAGCGCAAGUUCACCACCAAAUCCAAGAACAACAGCUGGUCGGCGAAGUUCAACGAGGCUUUCCAGUUUGUCCUGGGUAAAGAAUCCCCAGACUGCUAUGAGCUCCAGGUGACGGUGAAGGAUUACUGUUUCGGCCGGGUGGACCGCGUGGUCGGCGUGGCCGUGGUUCAGCUGCGCGACGUCGCCGACCGUAAGAGCUGCGUGUGCUGGUGUCCGCUCGGGCCGCGCAUCCAACCCGACGAGACGGGCUUGACAGUGAUGCGCAUCCUGUCCCAGCGGCCCGCUGACGAGGUGGCCAAGGAGGUCGUCAAGCUGAAAUCUGAAACCCGUCCCGUGGAGGAGGGCAGAUGAGCAGAGAUGCUUGACUCAAGAUCGGAGAUUUACUGGAAAAAAUGUGGCGCUGACACAGAUCAUGGUCAGCGUUUAGAGUCAGGGCUUCGUCUGUUGUUUAUGAGCGCUGUCAUCUUCAUCCUCGGUGAACACGGGCCUCUAACGCCUCUGACGUGGAGGUCAUCCUUCAAAGGACGCAAGUUUUGUCACAGAUAUGAAAGAAAGAAAAGUAUUUCAUUCACAUUUUGGAAGGAGAUUUUUUCUCAAAUGAUGAAAAAGAAGCAACUAACAGGACCAAUAUCUUAACUAUCAAGCGACAAAAAGGGUUGAAACCACCAACUCAGAGGGGAAAAAUAUUUUCAGUUCAUUGGAGAGAAACUCUUGAGAUCUUCUUCAUUGUCUGAUAGUGAUGACGAGCUAUUUUGGUCGUCCGUAGCAAACUAAAUCUGCCAUCUGUUGGCCAUCAGAGCUGCUGAUCCACAGCUUUUAACCAAACGUACAUUCACUGGAAUGAAUGGACGGGAAUGAAAACCGAAUGGACGUUAGCUGUUUGUCCUAAAUAACUAUGAUAUGAGCUGAGAGUGAUUCUUGUACUGUUUGAGCCUUUGAGGCCUUUUGACUGCAAACAGACAUCGGCACCACUGUCGACUCUGGUCCCCAAAAAAAUGACAUUGAACCAGCUAAAAAGUGUCACAAAAACACAUUAAAAUGAAUAAACGUGAUACUCGGCAUGAGUUGAGUGUUUAAGAAACAGUUAAGCAGGCAACUAAUGGGGACUGCUUAAAAAUUUGACUUCUGGAACUUCAGCAAAAGAAAAAAAGUAGAAAAGCUUAUGGUUCUUCUUAAAAAGGAUCACGUGUUCCUCACUUUUCAUUUAUCGGCCGCUUCAGGUAUUAAGUCCUUUGAUUCAAGCCUUUGUGACACAUGCAGCACCAGGUGCAUCUUACAGAAAGAAGAAGUUGUCCGAAUAUGUCAAACCAGAGUAAAUGUUGUGAAGUUGCAGAGUUUGCUCUCGGAAAUCCUGCAGUACAUCAUAAAGAAGUGUGUCAAGAUGCUUUUAAUGUGUGUCGCCUAUUUAGUGAUAAACCUCUGUUUCUAUUUUUCCCAGACUGAAUAUAAAAAAACCUUGAAAAGUAGUCUCAUUGAGAUAUGAAUUUCAAUUCAUCGACAGUCGGUUCUUCUGAAUUACGUUGCCUUAAAACAGAACCGUGCUCAGUGGACGGUUCUGUUAAAACAUGAAUGACAUGUAAAGUAAAAAAGCGUUGUUUUUUUCAGGAAGCAAAGAAUUAUGGGUAUAGUAGUUUAGUAGAGAAGAAAUGCAGUGUCAGAGGUUUUGAAUUUCGGUUUUUGCCAAACUGUGACUGUGGACUCUGUUUACAUGUUGACCCGCUCUGAACGGACACAUCCAAAAGUUGACAACCUUUUUUUUUUCCUUUGUGUAGGACCAGAAAUAGAUCUCUAAGAAUUUUAUUUUUGUGUAGUUUUAAAUUGAGAACAAAAGUCUUUCAGCCUUGCCGUGCAUGUAGUUUACAUACUGCACCAAUCAUGUGUUUAUGAAUAUGGGAUUGGUGUUUUUGCAUUAUUCACUCUACAAACUAACAAAACACGCAGGCAGGUUGUUCAAUUUACUGAAGUGUAACUGGGUUGGAUCCACACUUAUUGUAUGUUUACUACGUGCCAAGGAACGCAAGUGUUCAGCGAGCCGUGUUCUGUUGUUAGCGGACAGAUGUGGCCAUUGUAGAAGUCCCAAUUCUCACUGCACGUUUGCCAAAACUAGCUGCACUUUGGCUCCAAACUCAAGAGGUUCCUGGUGGAAUUUAGAUGAAACUAGUUCAGAGUUUGUUCUGCUGCAUUAAACUUAACAAACAUUGAUCUUCAGUAUACGUUACAUUACAAUGGCCACAGCUGUAGUGACAACUGAGCUCUUGCACUCUGUUCAAAACUAACUGUAAGUUUGUACUUAGCCUACGACCAGAGCAUGUAUUUAUUGUACACAAAAGUACUAGAAUUGUGAUCUUUUUCAUGUAUGUACUGUGAAAUAUGGAGAUUGAUCAAAUGUAUGUAAAGUAGUUAUCAUUAUUCUAAUGUGACAUAUGUUGAAUAUACUUGUAACAAUAUUUUGUACAUAAAAUAUUUAUGAAUCAA